AUAUAUUUUGUUAUUGUUGUUGAAAAAAAAUAAUUUACAAAUAAUUUACAACAUAUUUAAUUGAUAUUUACUGUUGAUUUUUCUUUUAGAUAAGAAUUUCUUUCACUGUGUAUUAACUAUCUAUUGGCAGUUUUGCUUUCUGUUGACAAAAUUAUUUAAUUUCAAGCAAGCCUUGUAUUUAAAACUUGCUUUCUUUUUUUUGAUAAAUAAUUUUGUCAAUAUUAAUCCUUGAUCUCUAGUUAAAGAUAAAGAAAUACAAUUAGUAAAAAUGGCACACUACAAAGGAGCAGCUAGUGAAGCUGGACGAGCAAUGCAGUUAAUGAGAAAACGUGAAAUCGCACAACAAGAAAUUGAAUUUAAGAAAAAAAAAAUGAUUGAAGACAAAUUAUACAAUAUUGAUGAUAAAUUUGCAACUCAAUAUAAUGCUGUUGAACAACAAUUAAAAACAUCAACAGUUGGUCUUGUAACAGUAAAUGAAAUGAAAGCAAAACAAGAAAAUGCAGCUCAAGAAAGAGCAAAAAAAUUAGCACAAAAAACUCGUGAAAAAGAACAAGAAAAAGAAAGAGAACUUGCAGUAAAACAAGCUGAAAAAAGUAAACAAAAAAAACAAAUACAAACACUUUCAUUUGAUUUAGAUGAAGAUGACGAUGACGAUGAAAAAGAAAAAAAUAUAUCAUCAAAAAAAAAAUCAAAAAAAUCAAAAAAAAAGGAAAAACAAGAACAAAGUCAAGAAGAUUUAUGUCAAGCAGUUUCUAAUCCUGCUAAAAAAGUUAAAAAAAAUCCAGAUGUUGAUACAAGCUUUUUACCAGAUAGAGAAAGAGAAGAAGAAGAAAAUCGUUUAAGAGAAGAGCUAAGACAAGAAUGGCAAACUCGACAAAAUGCAUUAAAAGAAGAAGAAAUUGAAAUAACAUUCAGUUACUGGGAUGGAUCAGGACACAGAAGAAAUGUUGUCAUGAAAAAAGGUAAUUCAAUUUAUCAAUUACUUCAACGUUGCUUGGAAGUUCUUCGUCGUGAAUUUAGUGAGCUUAAAACAGUUAUGGCUGAUCAACUGAUGUAUGUCAAAGAAGAUCUUAUUUUACCACAUCAUUAUACAUUUUAUGAUUUUAUUGUUACAAAAGCACGUGGUAAAAGUGGUCCAUUAUUUACAUUUGAUGUACAUGAUGAUAUUCGUAUGGUACAUGAUGCAUCAGUUGAAACUGAAGAAUCUCAUGCUGGAAAAGUUUUACUAAGAUCUUGGUAUGAAAGAAAUAAACAUAUAUUUCCUGCAAGUAGAUGGGAGCCAUUUGAUCCAACAAAAACUUAUGAUAAAUAUACAAUUUCUGAUAAAAAUAAAAAAAAUGAAAAAUAAAUGUUAAUAUAAUGU